UAUCAGAAACGGGAGAUCAUUAACACUUUAAAUAAGCUUCGAAGCUUAGCUAUCUUCAUCAACAUCACGCGGCCGUUCUUCCAGUUCACUACUACGCUAUCGAAAACCAAAGAUAUCACCGUCUAUCUUAUUUUUACUAUCUAUAAUAAGCUCUUCGAUCAUCUUAAGAAGUCGAUUAAGCUAGCUAGCAGGACGAGCUUACAAGAUAUCUCGAUAGUGCUCGCACGCGAUAUACUCUCAAUUCCUACAACUAGCGCCGGCGUUAAGCGGCUAUUUAACACUACUCGGGAUAUCUAUCACUAUCGUCGAGGCUCACUAAAUACUACAACAAUUCAGGAGCUUAUAUUAUAUAGAAUUACUUUUCGGAAGGAGUAUCUUUCUAAAGGGGAGAUAGAAGCGGAUCAUAAAGAGAAAGAUACCCAACAACUCGAGGGUACCGUCGACCCAAUUAGUAACGAUAAGGAGAGUGAUAAGGACGAUACACAGGAGGGUUUAGUCCUUAUUCAAGCGCAAUCAGCAACAAAGAGAAGAAAGAGUACUACAUCUAAACGAGACACUAAAGGCUAUAGAGAUAGUAACGAGGAGGAAGAUGUUCCUCUACCGGAGACACAAUAG